AUGGCCCAUCUCACGACGCUGCCAAACGAGAUCCUUCACAACAUUCUGCAAUGGCUGGCGCCGAAGGAUCUCGAGUCGCUACCCCGCGUCUGUCGAGCCCUUGACAGCUUCGUGAAGGGGAAUCAGAAGCUGUGUGAAGACAUUUAUAUACAUAAUUUUGAUUCACCUCCUGAUGAUGACAGACUUGACUGGGAGACUGAGCUGCUUGACAUCGUCAAGUUGCAGAAUAUCUGUCACCGUGAAAAGGUUGAAGACAAGGCAAGUCUUGAUGUUACUGGCUCAUCAAUCUGUGGAAGUAACCAUGCGCUAAUCAACCACUUACACGAUAUAGGAGGCCAUGCCAUGGAAGCGUCCGACACUCAGUAUGCGUCCAGGAACGCAGAAUUUCUCAAGGCUCUCUUUGAAGACGAGCUCAACUGCAAAGCCUUUCUCCAGAAAUCAUCUCUGUUUGAGAGGGUCCACAGAACUCAGCACCACCAGUUCCCACCUCUGGAUAGGAGGCAACAACAAGAAAGCGCCAGGCUCCACUGCUUAUACGGCAAGCCAAUCCUUGAGACUGGAAGGCUACGAUCCGCGAGGACCUAUCCUUAUGCCUGCUCUAAAGUCUACGAUAUUCGGCAGUACACCAACCGGACUCGAUGGGGCCCCUUCAUGGAUGAAGAUGGCGAUUUAAAAGUAGAUUGGGAGAAGGUGGAGGCAAUCCUCAUUGUACUGGGAAGUAAUCUUUACACCAAGAAGCUCGCGCGGCUUUUCAGCGAUGUUUGGGACAGCCCCUUCUCUGGUUCAUGGAGUGGCAGCUUCAUAUCCUCCCCUAAUCCCGACAAGUCGUCACUGGAUGCCAUGGAUCCAUAUGGCGUAACCGGCACUUGGUAUCGAAUUGUGUGCUUCCUUGACUACAACGACUUUUUUAGCUACAACUUCACCAACCCUGAGCGAGACGAAUCCCCUCUUCAUACGCUCGAUGUUGGGGAAGCGACUCGGUUAAUCAUUAUGAGGAUUCACGUCACAAAAAUCGAAGAAGCCGGACCUGAUUCGGAGUACUCCUCAGAUCUGCCAAUCGUGCACUAUGAGGGCACCUCUCGCCCACUUGAUGAUUCUUGGGACGACAAUGCGUCUUCUGAUCUCCGAGACUUUACUUCGAAAGGUACUGUUGGCUUGACCAAGGAGGGCGAAGUACGGUGGACAUCAGUGUCCAUCUUUCAAGGACACGAACGCUGGAAAAGCGAGUCAAUUCAAUUAUCAGGGCCAAAAAGUGGCAAAGUUUUAGGUAACUGGUUUGACAGAGACUACGAUCCUCAUGGCCCCUGUGGACCAUCGGCUUUCUGGAAGGCUAGUGAUUCGGAGACGGCGCAUGGUACGCACGCUGUUCUUCCCAGAAACUUUCUCCUGUGGAGCGCACUGAUUCAGAUGGAAGAUUCUGAUCCGGAGGGCGACAUGGAGUACACGAUGGAGAAUGAAGAGGAAGAGGAAGAGGAUGACUCCGAGUCUGAGCCGGUAGCGAAUGAGCUGCCAGAGCUGUUAAUGGAUGCGGAGUUGGAGAUUAUUGAGAUUACCCAUCACAUCGAGGACCAUCCAGAGCCGUCGUCUGGGGCUUGA